GGGAGUGGAGUGUGGAUCUCUUAUUUUAUCAGCCAUGAGUUUAGUCAAAAGACUAGGCCAAUUGGCGUUUCAUUUGGUGAAGAUUUCCGUUUUAUUGUCGUUCGUCUUUGUGGUUUUGACUGGCAGAAAUAAUAAGAGCGGCGAGGUAGAAAUAAGUGGCGCGAAAAACUGGAACAAUUUGAAUAACGUCGUCCAAGGUCUAACGGGACAGGAGAUGGUCGAUUAUCUCCAGUGGUCUAAUUCAUCAUCCUGUCGGCUGGCCAACGAUUUUGGAGGUGUCAUGAUGUUGUUUGGCAUCGACGGACAGAAAGCCGUUUGCCUCGACACGGAGGUCCGGCCAAUAAAGGGCAAAUGUUUGGUCUACUCCUUCGGCGUCAACAACGAAUGGUCGUUCGAGGACGCCAUGGACCAGUAUGGAUGUGACGUGUACGCAUUCGACCCUUCUAUGAACAAGUCGGAUCACGACCGUGGCGACAAAAUUCAUUUCUUUCGCUACGGAUUGGGCGGCCGGAAUAUUCUGAGAAAAGAUAUGACGGAACCGGCCGUCUGGCGUCUGUUGCCACUCUCCGAUUUCUACCGGGCGAUGGAAUUGCGUCACGGUCACGGCCGGAUCAUCGAUUACCUGAAAAUCGACAUCGAGAAGGACGAGUGGGAGGCCCUGCCGCAAAUCCUCCAGUCGGGAAUGAUGGACAGAGUGCGCCAGCUGGGCGUUGAGAUCCACUUGCCCAGCAACGGGAGCGUCGCCGAGUUGAGCCGAUUGAUCGGCAUCGUCCGCUCGCUGGAGAAUUACGGAAUGAUCCGCUUCGACUCGAAAUUGAAUCCCUUUUCCGAGCAGUGGAUGGAGCCACUAAAUCUGGACAGUUACUCGGCCUACGAGCUGGCCUGGUACAACGGCCGGCUUCGGCGCAAUCGCAGCUUCUACUACGACUAAUGAAUAAUGCGGAAUGUAUAAACGAACAUGAUUAUUUUAACAAUACAUCAAACAAAUUCGACUUGUUAAACGAAUGGCUCGUGAAUGUCAAGGUUUUCCCUUGUUAAGGUCUGUACGAAUUCAAAUA